GUUAGUACAGGAGAGUGCGGGUGGGGGAAGGAUCAGCUGAUCAGCUCUGUGACUCCUAAAGUGCAGAGGAACAGGACCGAUUCCCGGACUGGACCUCUGUUUAUGCCUCUUUAGGAUUCACACAGGGAGUGUAAUCUGGAUGUAGUGCUCUUACCAGGAUUACACCUUGUGAAUUGUGAUGAGGAGCUACUAAGCAGCAGACAUCCACUUCACCCAGUCUUCUCCUGCACACCUAAUCUUUGUCUUCAGCAUGGAGUUAAAAGUGUGGGUGGAUGGGGUACAGAGAGUCGUUUGUGGGGUCAACGAGCGAACAUCCUGCCAGGACGUGGUCAUAGCACUGGCACAGGCAAUAGGUCAGACAGGACGUUAUGUGCUCAUCCAGACACUACGGGACAAAGAAAGGCAGCUUUUGCCUCAUGAGAAACCUUUGGAAUUCCUGGCCAAGAGUGGACAGUAUGCCAAUGAUGUCCAUUUCAUAUUGAGGCGCACAGGACCUAGUUUAGCUGAACGCCCCUCCUCUGACAGUGUUCCUCUACCUCCAGAGAGAAACUUUGUAAGGUCCAGCCUGCCUCUGAACCCUCGGACACUUAGCACAGAGGUCACAAGGUCAAAAGAACCUAAAAAAUCUUUGACUUUUAAUCUAGGACCUAUGAGUUCAAGUGACAUUUUGCUCAAGCACAGGCAGAAGCAGCAAAAUGGUAAAGUUAUUAAAGAUGGAGCCCAUAGACAGCCAAGCAAGGAGGAUCUGUUUAAGAUGGUACUACAGCAACAAGAGCAACUGAAGACACUGGAAAUGCAAAAUGUCUCCUUAGGCAAGGACUUCCAAACAUGGGAAAGAGGCAGGGCUGGUGGACCUCAUGAGGAGGAAGAGGACGAGGUGGCUUUCUUGAAACGACUUAUUAGUCGAAAUGACGCUGAGCUGGGAGAGGAAAUGUUUUGGUUAGAUGAACUGGAAAGAGAACGGUUAGAGGAGCAACAAAGGCAGGAAAAAAUUAGAAAAUUAAGAGCAACAAUGGAAGAUUACUCACUUAAGAUCAAAGAGUUGAGUGAAAGGACUGAAUCCCUCGAGCAGGAAAUCCAGAAAGAGGCCUCAAAGAGACUUUCAGGGCAACCUAGUCACACUGAAAUUGAAGAAAUGGUAACCAAAAUGAGAAAGGAACUAGAAGCCAAGAACGGACAGAGCCAGGAACUGGAGAACAACCUGUCUAAUGUGGAGAGGGCUUGUGAUGUGGCCAGGAGGAACAUAGAGGCUAAAAAUCAGGAGCUGGAGGAGCUCAAUAAGGACCUCAGACAGUGCAACCUCCAACAGUUCAUCCUACAAACGGGCUCGACCCUCACAAAUGGCCAGCUGCGACCGGAUGAAGAGUCUCUAUCAGAACCAACAAGCAUGCAUUGGGAAGAGCAGCAUAGGAGUAGAGGUCCCACAGACUCUCUUUCACGACUUACUCCGAAUCAUCUAGUGGGUCACCCUCGUAACUUGCAGAACUCGCUGCUCACCAGCCGGAACCCAGAGGUUCUACCUUCACAUGACACGUCAUGGACUUAAAGAAUAACCUCUAAUCAGUGACACCAAAACAUGUUAUGAAUAUUUGUUGAAAUAUUUUAACUAUAUAUGGACAUAUAAUUUUAUGUAUAAAUAUAUAUGAAUAUUUUAUAAAUGUGUAUGUAUAUAUAAUGUUUAUAUUGUUUUUUAUUAUACAUUACUUUUUCUAUACGUGUAUAGAAAUUUCUAGCCUUUUAAUAUGAAUAUACCAGAUGUAAUAGACCUGGCGUGGGGACACACCUGCGCGGACCUCAAGAUAGGACAUGGUGGUACAUACAAGUGUACAUUUUCACUUAUCCAAUGAGAAAUAAUAAUAAAAAAGUACUAUUUUUUUUUU